CAGGCCCAUAUCGAGCUCUAAACUUAACCUCCGGUCACCUGCAUUUGCCAAUCACUGAGGGAAGAGCGCUAGGCCUCUAAGAGAAGCCCCCUGCACAAAGGGAAAUGGCCAUAAAAAGCCAGGCCUUUGUCAAACUGCUACACCACUGUUAUUUUCACACCUGUUGUUGUUCAUACAGUCUAUAUAUUCUCUGUCCACUUAUAGACACAUUAAAUAGUAAAACAAUCCAAUAACUCAGCUACAUAUAACAGGAUUUUGUUUUCAUGUGCUGUUUAGUAUGGGAGUAUGUGAUUUCAAUGCAGCAUAGCUGUAUAGCUGUAGGACUAUAGAGUAUAGCUGUGUUGGGGUGGACCCGGGUGAGGGUCACAGCUCUAAUGUCAUUGCUCCUGCAGCUGCUCUGGUGCCCUUUGGCCUUAACAAGCACUGAACAUUGCGUGCUAAAACAAACACAAAAGAAUUACUAAAACAAAUGCAUCCAGUGUAAAUUUGUAGCAAUAUUUAUUUAUAUAUUUUACAUUGUCUAGCCCUAGAAUGAUGUGUCCAUUGCAUUGCCCCUCUGUGGAACAUUUAGCCGGUAACCUGUGCUGCCCAGCAUGUGAAGACGUCGACGUGUUUCUGGCAGUACGAGGUACCCAUGUUCUCGCCACACCCUGCUCGUACCCACCACAGCCACCUCGCUCACUGCUGCCAGAUUAAAUGGUUUGUUUUCAGCUCAACAACUGUUUAAAAAAGAAAAAUCCCUUAGUACCCAAAACCAUCACUUUGAAGCAUUAAAACUACCAGGCCAAGGCCCUUUUUAAGCUCAUACUGAAAACAUCCAGGGCAUGUUGGCAUGUCCAAACUUCUGUCCUCAACCCUGUAACAUUUUCUGUUAGUGUCCCUGCUGCUACAGAAUAGACAUUCGGAGUAGUUGCUGAUUAUUGUGAAUAAUUAGGUUUAAAAGAUUUUGUGGGUGUUGAGAAUAGAACACUAGUCGGGGAUUAUAACAAAUCUGGCAACUCUGACCUUAUUCUGAGAACAUGUUGAUCUGAGAGCGCUGGAGGAGGGGAGCAGGUGGAGAGGGUUAUUUCAAUGUUAUUUCAAACACACACACACACACACACACACACACACACGUUAGUGAGAGAAAAGGAGUGUGUGUGGCUUGUCAGAUAAAAAUGACAAGGUUUGUACUGGUUCCUAGUCUGUGUUUGUUUGGAGACUGACUCGGGAUAAAAGUCCGUCUCGGACACACAGGACAGGAGCUCUCUGGAAAUUUGGACUUUUUCACCGCAACUAAUUUGAGAAAAAGGCUGGAAGAUCACACGCAUUAAGCUCGACAUAUUUACGUAUUUUGUUCUUUCAGGGAAUUUUAAUAUUUACACAAGAACUUAAAUAAAGCACUGUUAUAAACCAUCAUUUCCAGCAAACCUACGGGGCGAAGCCUGUUAUUGUAAAUAAUUAGGUUGGCCACAUGGUCAGCUUCGUGGUCAUGUUCAGUUGUUUGUUGGCUGUCCAGUCGUUUGAACAGAUUCCCUUCUCCCUCUACAAAUCUCUAACUUACACGGGUUCUGACGUUAGCAUUUAAACCUUAUGGCAGGUUAUUAAAAAAAAUAAAUAUAUCAGCUCGGAGAGGUUUGGGAAAAUCAUGUACUCGCUAUAUAAACAGUAUAGUAGUAAUAGUCUGUGUUGUAGCCUGUGUUCGUCUUAGCAAACAUUAAUGGAGUCACUGGGCUAUCUCUCACUCUACAGUGAUUCCUUGUGGUCAGCAUUCCCCCAUGCGUGUGUGUGUGUGUGUGUGUGUGAGAGAGAGAGAGAGACAGAUAGAUAGAUAGAUAGAGAGAGAGACAGAUAGAGAGAGAGAUAAAAAAAAACAGACAGAGAAAGCGAGACAGACAGACAGAGAGAGAGAGAGAGCUUACAUUGAACCUGUCGUAACUUUUAAUUCUUGAAGCUGAGAUAGGUUUAGCAUUAAAUCCCCCAGAUGUUUAUUCUAUUUUUUAUUAUUUGCAGCAGAACUCCCUUCUGUCUAAAAAUAUCCCUGGACACUCGUAUGAUUGCAGAACAGGGUCAUUUUUUGAGCAUUAACCAACUACUCAAAUAUUAGGCACACUUGGUAAAUUUCUGCACUAGGUAAAUCAGAUUUAUUUCAGGAAACCAUUAUAGUACAGCUUUUUAUUCCUGAACUUUUUUAUUCCUCCACAGAAUCCAAACCAUUUGUAGGAUGACAAAAUUUCAAACUUUAUUACUCUAAAUUAAACAUUAAUAAGCAUUAGAUUAAGUAAGGGAUAAAAAUAUCUACUCGUUAAUCAUUCCAGUUUUUAAUCGAUUAAAGAAUGAUACUUAAAACCACAUGUAUUUAUAUUUAUAAUUCAUUUAAUUUGUGGAACCUUCAAGAGACAAGUGGAGCGUCCAUCAUCCACGUCCCUGAAAAUGUGUUGUUGCUGUAGAGACUGUAAUGUGUUGGAAUGAGGUUUACAACAAAACAGCCAGCACUGUUUUCAGAUCUCUGCUGUUAUAGAAAACACCUUCUGACCAGUCAGAUUCCGUCACUGUGGAAUGAUUCUGUAAAAUGUUCAAGUGGUCAACCUUCAGUUUUGUCCACUUCACAUCAGACUGGGAUUACACCCCCCCCUCCCAAUUAUGGGUUAUCAAUGACACAUAUUAAUAUUCAGUAAUAAAUAAAUAAAAAGUAUAACAGCUAUAAAGAUGAUCAUGGUUAGUAGCAAUGCUUUAUAAAUAAAUAGAAUUUGUAAUAAACUGGAAAUUAAUUUAAUAAAAAAUUAUAUAUAUUAGCAGUAAAAUCGAAGCUGUUCUAGAGAGAUACCCCAUACGUGUGUGUGUGUGUGUGUGUGUGAUGCUUCUCACUUUCUUGGUUUUUAAGCACUGUCUUUUUCUUUUUUUGGCCCAUGUCCGUCUCCUUUUCAGACAUACAUGCCAUUGGCCUUGAGCCACACAGAGCCGGAGACAGACGUGACCGAGUCAGCCUGUCCACUCCCUGUUUUCACACUUGUUUUCUUAUUUUCCCAAUUUGUCUAUCAUAAGUGUUACAAAGUGUGAAGUCAUGUCACUCUGGCUGGCUUGACAUGGCUAAUACCACUGUCUGCCAUUCUCCCUGUCCUGCUGUGUCCUCUCUCUCUCUCUCUCUCCCUCCUUCUCUCAUUCUAAAAAUGUUUCAGAAUGCAAACACAGCUUAACCACUGAAUGCGUAAAAGAGAGGAUGAUGUUUCUGAAAAUGGGAAGGUUUCCAGGCAAGGAUGUUCCUUGUACAUGAUUAACCCCCUCCUCCUGGACUCUCCUCUUCCUCCAGCUGACUCUUUAAGAGGGCAGGCAUCAGGUGCACACUGAGCGAGACGGUCACACUGAGUGUUAGAGCUCACAGUAAAUCAGGACCAUGCAGUCAGCGUUGAUUUUGUGUAUCUGUGUAGGUGUGUUUGUAGGAGCUUGGGCUGUGGAAGCAGACCCGCCAAAUGCACUGGGAAAGAUUGCUGAGAAUGGGACGAGUGCUGACGUGACAAACAAUCCAGAGGUGAAGACAGCAGUGGAAUAUUCAAGGGAGAAGAGAGCAGCCGAGAAGCCAAAAAGAGGCACAGCCAAGGACAAGCAGGAGCCAGAUCUGGGGCGGACUUUGGCAGCGUGGGUGGAGCUAAAUUCCAUCCUGAAAAUGAGAGACGGAAUUUCAGGUAAACUCAGCACAGUACUGCACGAGCUCAGGAACGAAAAGAGCCGCCUUCUUGGCCAGGCUAACGAGCCGGCGAAAACGAAAAAGAAAGAAGAAGACGAAGAUGAUGAUGAAGAAGAAGAUGAUGAUGAUGAAGAGGAAGAAGAAGAGGAAGAAGAAGAAGGUGGAGAAGGAGGGGAAGAAGGAGGAGAAGAAGAAGAAGGAGGUGAAGAAGAGGAAAAUGAAGGAGGGGAAGAAGAACAGGUAGAGGAAGAGGAGAACGAAGCAGCUGGGAACAGUACCGCUGAACUGCUACCAGAGGGUUGCCAAGUGAAUGGAACCGAGAUUUCCUGUGCAGAGGCUGGCAUUGCUGAACUUCCCCUUAUCAAUGACCUUAACAUCACUAUACUCGACCUAGCUGGAAACAACUUCACUACAUUACCUUCUGAGGCUUUCUCUGGUAUGCCCAACCUGGAGGUGAUCAACCUGAGCAGAAACUUUCUGGAUGACUCUUCUAUCAGCCCUGAACUCUUCAAGAAUCUGACUAACCUAAGAGUGCUGACUCUUGAUGGCAAUGGACUAGAAACAAUCCCACAACUGCCAGGAUCUCUGGAGGAGCUGAGAAUCAACGACAACAAGAUAAAUCAAGUGCUUUCUCACAACUUGGAAGGUUUGACAAGCUUGCUCCACUUAGAGCUGGCAGGAAACAUCCUGUGGGAGGGCAGUGUUGAGCCUCUGGCCUUCCAACACCUCACCACUCUCAAACACCUGAGGCUAGACAACAACCGAUUCACUUGCCUUCCGUACGGACUUCCUGCAACUCUAGAGGAUUUGAGUAUGCCACACAAUCAGGUAGUGGAGGUCCAGGAAAACGUUCUGAAGAACUCUGGUCACUUGAAAGCCCUGGAUCUGAGCCACAACCUCCUGAGCGACACCAGUUUCUUCCCCAGAGCCUGGAUUGACCUGCCGAAGCUGGAGACUCUGGAUCUGUCUCACAACCAGCUGUACGUGGUACCUGCUCACUUGCCCAGAGUUUUGCGACAGCUCUCCCUGCAGCACAACUUCAUCCAGUCCAUCCCUCCUGACACUCUGAGCCAUCUGCGUCCAGGCCUCCAGUCACUGCGCCUCUCUCACAACCAGCUACUGGAGCAUGGGCUGCUAGGGAAGGCCUUCCGUGGAGCUUACAAAACUUUGGAGGAGCUUCACCUAGACAACAACAGGUUGGAGCGAGUCCCACCAAACAUCCGCUACUUCAAGAACCUGCAUCAGCUGCGGCUAGAUCACAAUCUUAUCAGUGCUGUCCCGGUGAAAUCUGUGUGUAAAAUCAGUCUCACUAACUCGUCUCCCCUGUUGGCUCUACACCUGGAGAACAACUACCUGGAUGUGAACAGGAUUCCCCGAAAGGCUCUGUCCUGCAUCCCUGAACUCCAGAGGGUCAUCCUGGAGCCACAGAAUCAUAAUGAGAUCAUCUAAAAGUUGUGGAGAUUGCACCUUUCACAUCUCACCUGCUUUACUGUUGAGUUUAAAAGCACACACUAAUUUGAAUUGUUUAUUUAACUAUUUAAUUCAAAGGCGUAAUUCAGGGUGUUUAUCUGUAUUUCUUAAGACACUGUGCUCUAUUUUCUGUGUAUUCUGGAUGUCUGCUUAUUCCAGGCUUCAUGCCACAGCAGUAUCUUUGCUUCUAACAACAAAGUUACUUUUCUUUUUGGAAGAGAUGCCAGUGCUGUGCUAAAUAUUGUUCAUAUCAAUACUUAUAAUACAACUCUUUGGCUAAAUGUCUGUAAAGUGUCUUGAAUACAAAAGUGCCUUCACACUCACUCCCAAAGUGAUGAU